AUGCCGAGCCUGGCACACACGGUGCUGCUGGCACUGGCUGCCCAUCCCAGCGAUGGUGGAUCGGACGCAGGGCUCAAAGUGAAGCCGCCGGGUCCUCCGCCAGAUGGAGACCCGACUGAGGUGAAGGCAGCGACUGAGGUGGAGACAGCGCUCCUCGCGCCGAAACGGACUCAGCCCGCGUCGAACAGCGGCGAGUGCCCGUGCCUCGAUGAGUAUCCCGGUGGGUCGGCGCGCAGACCUGUCCUCCCUGAGGCGCUUCGCUUCCCGACGCCUGACGGAUAUGGCCUCGGGUGUGCGCCGCAUGACCGAGGCCUCCCGCCGCUUUGUGACCCCUACACCUACGCGAAUCGGACGGCCCCCUCCUGGUGCUUCAGAUCGUGGUGCUACGUUGAUCCAAAGCAAUGUGAGCUUCCGUCGAUGGAAGGCAGGUACCUCUUUGGCGGUUCGGUCGCUUACUCCUACGCCACCUGCAACGAGUCCUUCACAGACAGCGACUCCCUGCACUCUGCAUUCGAGGACUCGGUCGAGUGUAUGUCCGAGUGCCAGAAUCUGACGCGACAGCGCGUGGCCUUUGUGGUACACGGGACGAGGUCACACAGCUUCUGGCUCAAGAUGUACGUUGAUGCGAUGACAGCCGGUCUCCACUUCGGAGUGCACGUCGACUGGUACGAGUGCGAUGGCGAUUCUCAGCGUCAGGCCAGUCGCAUCGUCAGUCUGGUACAUGACCACGGUCCGCAUUUACCGCUCAUCGUCACUAUUCCAGACGAGCGAGUCGCGACACAGGUGACAUGGGCCAAGGCGCAGGGCGUGCGGGUCUUCGGCAUCAACACUGGGCUAGGCUCGUCAGCGGUGUCUUCGGUCGAGAUGUUUGUGGCUAUGAAUGACACGUACGCUGGCGAAUGGGCAGCAUUUGGCCUGCUCAGCCUAGGCGUCAAGAAGCCCGUCUUUGUGGAGCAUGGCACUGCCAUUGGAUGCGAUUCGAGCGCCUCGGAGCAGCAGGAUUCGACCCAUCGCCGUCCCUCGACAGAGGCACCGGCGUGGGCGGAGCUGCGAUGGAAAGGGUUCCGCAGCGUCUUUUUGAGAGCAGGGAUCGAGCCGGCUCGUGUCUGCAUCGGCGAGAUGUCGUCAUCAACCUCAUGGGAUCAGACGCUCGACGCGGCUCUCGCGGACCCCAACAUCGGCUUGAUCGAUAGCAAAUGGGUGUCCGAUAUCCAUCACAAUGCGACUCAUUCGGGCUACAUCGUCCACUGCACACGUCCCUGCAAGUACGAUGGCAUCUUUGCAGCCGGUGAUCAGAGCCUCAUCCAAGUUGCGCAUGCGCUUCAGGUGCACAACUGUUGGACGGGACCCCACUUGCAAGCGAGCGGCCUCGCAAUGACCGCCCUUGCCGUCGUUGACGACUCAGAAGUUGCGCGGGCGCUGCUGCGAGAUGGGAAGCUGCAAUUCAUCAUCGACCAGCGUCAGUUUUUGCAGGCCUAUUUGCCGGUCAUGGUCGCUGUGACCGGAGGGAGGCUCACUGACAAGCUUGAGAGAGUCCACCUAGAGACCCUUGCCUUCAUCGGUGAGGACGGCGUCUCGGAGGCCGUAGACCCCGAAAGCCUCGGCGCACCCCCGUGGACGGGUUUGGCGACGGAGGCUCAGCUUCAGCACCUCGAGCUUCAGCAGUUGAAGCCGAGUGCCGGGCGAGGCGGGGUCGAGGGCGGUGGCGGCGACGGAGGACGUGGGGGCGGCGGCGAAGGCGGACUCGGCGAGGGUGCAUUUGCGAGAGGAGGAGUCGAAGCGGAUUUCGACCCGAAAUUGGUUCAACCGCUGAUACCGUGGCCUGACAUUUGCUCCGAUGCCCACGCCCGCUUGGAGAGCUCCGAUGCCCACGCCCGCUUCGAUCACUGCGACUCAGGCGUCAAUGGCGUCAAUAUUUGCGGCGCCUUUUGUGUCGCCGAGUCUAUUUACGCCCACCGCCGGACCAUACGCUGCGAGCAGAUCACGGACGUGGCCCACUUUGCCUUGCUCUUCAACGGCAACCGGGUCCACCGUUUGGAUGGCGAGAUGUACGGGAAACGCACCGAGCUUCUCGCUCGCGUGUGUACGAUGAGUGUGAAUCAGGUCGAGGACCAGGAGUUUGUCUUUGACAAGACAUAUCAUCAGGGAUCCUGGCUGAGCAAUACGCAGAUUUUGUGCGCACAGGAUUCGCUCGGCAUCCCCUUCUGCCCUCCAAUCUCGGACGUUGCGAUCGCCGAGCAAGCCGCCCACGCCGCUCGCGAGGCGGCGGAGCGAGCCGAGGCCGAGCGAGCGCAAGAGGCAUUCCGCGCCGAGCAGGCGGUGAUGAAGCAGACCAAGACGGUCCUCAUCUUCGUGUGCAUCUUCCUCUUCUCGGUGCUGGCGGUCUGCACGUAUGUGCUGCUCAUGCGCAUCCGGAAGGAGCGGCGCGCGCAGGCGGAGCACUUGGCGCUCAACCAUCGUCGCGCGCACGCGGCGAUCAGCUCGCUGCGCGAGCUGCAGGCGCCGAUGGUGCUCAUGCGCUUCUCGGACUUCCGUGCGCUCGGCGGGCUGGCGUCGCACGAGGAGGCACGCCAGCGGUCCUUGCUCCACGUCCUCGACACGCACGACGACCUGUGCGCCUUUCUCAGCGACCACUCGACCGUGUUCUGCUCCCACCAGUGGCUCGGCUUCCGGCACCCCGACGUCAACAACGUGCACUUCCGCAGUAUCGUUGACGCUUGCGAUGCCCUCUGCGAGCAGGAGGGGCUCGCGCCCGAGUCGCUGUACGUCUGGCUAGACUACCACAGCAUCCAGCAGCGCAACACGCAUGUGCAGUCCCUCUUCAUCAACUCGCUCCCCUUCUACGCAGCGUCGACGCGCUACUUCCUAGUGAUCGCUCCGGACGCCGAUCACAUAGACACCGGCAAGCGCUGCGACGCGCUGACAUAUCAGCGGCGAGGCUGGUGCCGGCUCGAGUGCUGGGCUCGCAUGGCGGCCGGCGGGCUAGACAAUAUGUUUCUCUGCUCCACGGACGCCGGCGUCUUGAGCGAGAUGGCGAGCGUCUCAGGGCUUUCGGGCCAACUCGGGGUGUUGCACUCGAUCGCCUUACCCGGGGUGUUCGGUGGCGACUUCUCGAACCCCAACGACAAGGAGAAGCUCGUGGACCCCGUGCUAGGACUCUGGGCGGUGGUGGUGAGCGGGCAGGAGCGCGAGAGCGCAGCCAAGGGCAUGUACGACCACGUUCUGGACGUCGGGCUCUCGACGGUCUUCCCGCCGAAGCACUUUGGGGGGCUCGUGGAAUUGGUCAACGCCUCGUUCGUAGAUGCGCUCGGCGACUCUCCUCUCGGAGGCCGCGCGCAGGCUACAAAGGUGCCGGCGUCACCUGCGGACUCGAGUGGCACAACGUCGCCCGUGGGCACACGCAGACUCGCGUCGCCGAGCACAAAGGCGGCUGAGAAUCGGAAAGAGCUCAGCCGGCUGUCGACCGAUAUCCACCAGCAGUUCCGACAGCUUCACAAAUCUCGAUGCACCGGCGUCAGCGUGCUGAGCCGUGUGUCGAGCAGCAGCGUUGGGAGCGAGGCCUCGAGCGCGGAGGGCGCUGCGCAAGGCAGGCAGCGGGACCACGGUCGCACGCCGAGUGUACCAUCGGUGAUGAGCACAGCGAGCACAGUGUACACAGCGAUGGUUUGA